CCACGCAACCCCGUUUAUGUCAUCACUCAGACAACGCCUCCCCACCCGCCCCGACUUUGCAGAAGCUCUACACGCGGAUGGUUCGGUCUUUCGUUGUUUGUUUAUAGGAGUAAUUCAGCAUAUUCUAGACUGAGUGGAGGUUUACUUUGCUCUACUAGAAUUUACUGCCAGCAUGAGUUCAGAAAAGAUGGUUAUCGAGGAAACUUGCACGGCCUUAUCAGAGCCCGAGUCAGAGCCAGAGAUGAACGAGAAACACAGCAGCAGCACCGGCAGCGUCGACGACCCGAUCAGCCACGCGACUUAUGAGUACGCGCAGCCAGAGUACUACGCCGAGUCGACGACCUCGUCGGACCUGGUCGACCCCGAGGCGCGGCCGGAGGUGUUCAAGAGCACGUUGCACGAGGUCGCGGCGGUCCUGAUCCUCACGUUCUCGACCGUCAUGAACACAAUCUCGACAGGCGUGAUGCAGAUCGCGGUGCCGACUCUGGGACGCGAGUUUAAUAUCUCGGGCGGUGAUCUGAGCUGGAGCGUGAGUUCGUUCCAGCUGAUGUCGGCUACUACCAUUCUUUUAUUUUCCGGCAUGGCAGAUAGAAUAGGUAGAAAACGCCUGGUGAUUGUGGCAUAUGCUUGGUUCGCCAUCUGGUGUCUUGCUGGCUCAUUCACGACCCACCAUAUCGUUUUCGACGUCUGCCGCGGUAUGCAGGGUCUGGCUGCUGCCGCAUGUCCUUCUGCCGGUGUCGGCAUCCUAGGGUCGACGUACAAGAACGGACGGCGGAAGAACCGAGUGAUGGCGAUUUUCAACGCCGGCUCGCCGUUCGGUCUGUUUUUGGGCAUCGUCACCGGUGGGGUUACGAUUGAGUAUAUUACCUGGCGGAGUAUCUUUUAUCUCUACACUAUAAUUUUUACCAUUCUGACGGUGCUCGUGAUUUUUGUGGUGCCUGGAGAUAAUAUUAAUGACAACAUCCGAUUCACACCCAAAGAAAUGCUGAUGAGGAUUAAGGACCUGGACUGGACUGGAGCCGCGCUGUCGACUGUCGGAUGCAUCAUGUUUGUCUUUGCCGCGUCGCAGGCCGCGAGCGCGACUAGCGGGUGGGCGACGCCGUACGUGAUUAUCGUGCUGAUUCUCAGUUUUGUCGUUCUUGCCGGCUUCGUGUACUGGGAAAUGAAGUGCGAGAAGCCGCUUAUGCCGCUCCAGAUCUGGAAGUUCCCUGGCUUCGCGACGAUCAUGGUCCUAGUGCUUUUCGCAUGGAUGUGUUUUACCGGCGUGCUCAACUUCUACGGCGGCCUGUAUCUGCAGAACGUGAUGGGUGCGUCGCCGCUCAAGGCCGCGUUUUAUCUGUUCCCGCAGAUUCUGGCGUCGGCGGUGGCGGUCACGAUUAUCUCUGCGAUCCUGCAUAUCGCGCCCGGAAGACUGAUUCUGAUCGUCGCGCAGAUGAUGAUGAUUGGCGCUUCGUUGCUCUGGGCGCUGGUUCCGCUCGGCACGCCGUACGCGGCGAUGAUCCUGCCGGCCUUGUGUCUUGCGAUUAUCGCCGCGGACCUGACGUACAACGUCGUCAACAUGCACACGCUGUCUGCGGUGUCGAAAGCAGAGCAAUCGAGUGCGGCGGGUAUUUUCUAUACGAUCAACCACUUGGCGGGCUCGCUCGGCGUCUCGCUUUCGUCGUCGAUCGUGUCGAGUAUCUUGCGCCGAAACGCGCCGAUGACGACGACGCCGGUGCCGAUGGAGAUCCUGUCGAAAGCGUACAAGGGCGCGUUCUGGUUCGCGACCGGGCUGAGUUCUAUGGCGUUAGUGUGCGCGGUGUUUGCGAAUAUCGGCAAGCAAGGCGCGCAUGAGGAGGCGGUGGUGCCGGAUAUCGAGGGGGUCGCGUGCGUGCUCAAGCCGGGCGAGAAGACGUGCGGGGUGAGACGGCGGGGGAGCAGUGGAGCGAAUUCGUCGGUGAUUUUCGAUAAUGUGGAUGCGGAUGCGAAUGAGGCGGGGGAGAUGUGUGGGUUGUUGGUUGGCGAGCAUGCGCGGCGGGGGUAUGAUGCGGUGUUGUGAGGGUAGUGUUUAAUGUAACGAUGGAUGAUGGUGGGUUGGAGCAUUCAGGGUGGAGUUUCAUUCUAUUUGGUUGUGGUUUUAUUUCUUCUAUUCAUUUCAUUUCAUAGUAGUCAUAAAUCAUUUCAUAACAGUCAUAAAUGCAUUGAUGCACGCUGUGCACAUCUAUGAGCUAUAACGCGGCGUCAUCACCUCCGCCCUAAAUCCGAGGACAAGGCUAGACUCGGC